AUGUCAAACUCCAACCACAAGAAGGAAGUCAACCUCAGCAGCCACAAAUCUGCUGAAGAUGUGUGGAACUGGAUAGAGGUUGUCUCCGUGCUCAGAAUAAUGGGGAACACAGGCUCUGAGUUAAUGCACAAGCGGCUGGACCGCUUUCGACCGGAGGAGAGGCCGAUGGUCCAGGCUGUGUUUGACCGGCUCCAGGGUUCUGCACCUACAGGAGCUCCAGCAAAAGCAGACCUAAGUUUGGCAAUGCUACAGUCAGCUGUAGGCAGCGUGAUCCCAGACGCUAUGGUUCAGAGGAUCUACAGAUGUCUGUGUAGUGUAGAUUCAGUCCCGGCCCCUGGAGGUUCUGGAAAGGCUCGCUCCGUCUCCGGCGUCACUCGGGACCAGCUGGUGAUUUUUCUGGCUGACUCUCUGAGAGGCACAGCAGAGGAGCGCGCCCCUCUCGUCUUGAGCAUGUCCCAGAACCCAGGGUCACAGGCAGCAUCUGUAUCAUGUGAUCAAGUCAUUCAGUUUUUGAAGGAUUUGAUUGCUGCUGUAAUUCAGAUCCAAACCAACAGAGGGCGUCUUCAUGGCUGGAAACCUGAAAGGAUGGGAAACGCAUCUGCAGGUGUAAAACAGCUGUCAGAACAAAUGUGUUCAGAACUGAAGCCCUCUGAUGAGGGCUGUGACCGGUCCUGCCUGGAGGACUGGAUCUUCAGAGUGCCCGGCGUGUCCAUGUACAUUGAAAUGGUUGUAUCUGAAGGCUUUAAUAUCACUCUGGGUGGCUACUCAUCCCCCACACUACUUCCCCCCUGCUUAAACGCCCCCUGGAAGCAGCUGCACAGUCUGCUGGACCUGCCUACUAUUAUGUUCCUGGCCACACAGCUUCCAGACCGGUGCAGUGCCCCCUGGAGGCUGAUGUUUUCUACUAAGUUCCAUGGAGAGAGUUUUACACGGAUGGUGACUGGACUGUUGAAAUGUGGACCCACACUUUUACUGAUCAAAGACACAAAGGGGCAUAUAUUUGGAGGUUUUGCGUCGCAGGACUGGGAGAUCAAGCCUCAAUUUCAGGGUGAUUCCAGUUGCUUCCUGUUCACUGUCAGCCCCUUCCUCAGAGUCUAUAAUACGACAGGAUACAAUCAACACUUCAUGUACCUCAACCAGAACCAGCAGACCAUGCCAAACGGACUAGGAAUGGGAGGCCAGCAUUACUACUUUGGCCUGUGGCUGGACUAUGACUUUGGUGGAGGUCACAGUCGUGCGAAGCCCAAGUGCACGACGUACGGCAGCCCUCAGCUCUCUGCCGACGAGGACUUCAAGGUGGACACUGUGGAGGUGUGGGCGGUGGGGAAACUCCCGGAGCCCGAAGAGGACGAAGAGGGACGAGGGAAGAAGAGCAUCCUCGACAUGGAUCCAGAAGUUCAGGCCAUAAUGGAGAUGACGGGGAAGACUCUGCACAGCCAGGGCCUCAGAGAACCAGAGGACGAAGAAGCAGCAGGAGCAACAGCAGCAGCAGCAGACAUGGCUCGCUGGGGGCUGCAGGGGGAGAUGACGGAGUUUAAGAAGAGCCAGAUAAAGCGGGACCUGGAGAUGGGUGUGGUCAUGACGGUGUUCAGACAGAAGGCAGAGCGCCUCACUGUGCAGGUCAUCAUGGAGACGCUGCAGGUGGCAUGGACCCGCACCGCAGACCGCAACGAGGGCGUCUUGGACCUGUAUGAAAUCCGAGAGAUCCGCCCGGGCCGAAACUCCAAAGACUUUGAGCGUUUUAAAGACAAAGACAAACACGAGGAUAGCACCUGCUUCACCAUCUUCUACGGAUCCCAGUUUGUCCUGAACACCCUCAGCCUCGGGGCCGACUCUUCGGACGAUGCUCAGAAAUGGCUGAUCGGGUUGGAUCUGUUAAAGGAGGAAACAAUGAGAGCUUCGACCCCUGUUCUUAUUGAGAGUUGGCUGAGGAAGCAGAUGUACUCUGUAAACCAGACUAAAACCAACAGCAUCAGUUUGAAGGAGGUAAAGGCCUUGCUUUCUCUGCUCAACUACAAAGCCCCCAGCACUCGCUCUCUCAAGGACAAAGUUAAGGAUGCAGGAGUAAAGAAAGAUCACUUGGAUUUUGUGCAGUUUCAUAAUUUGUACAAUCUCAUAAUGUUUGAACAGAAUGAAAUUCUGGAUGAAUUCAAGACGACGGAAUCAUGUAAUUUUAUGUUGGGAAACACAGAUAAACCUGAUGCCUCUGUCGUUCUGCUGCUCGACUUUCAACGGUUUCUCCUCUUCAACCAGAAAGAAACAAGGGCGCACGAUCUGAACUGGGUCCGAGAACUUAUGACGACGUUCAUUGACGAUACGAUGAGGAAAACCAAUGAUCCUGAGUUCACAGUAAGCGAGUUCUUGAGUUUUCUGUUUUCGAAAGAGAACUCAAUUUGGGACGAGAAAUGCACUGAGAUUCGUCACUUAGACAUGAACAACCCUCUGUCCCAUUACUGGAUCAGCUCCUCACAUAACACUUACCUGACAGGGGAUCAGCUGAGGAGUGAGUCGUCCCCGGAGGCGUACGUCCGGUGUUUGCGAUGGGGAUGCCGCUGCCUGGAGUUGGACUGCUGGGAGGGCCCUGGGGAGCCCAUCAUAUACCACGGUUGGAGCAGGACCACCAAGAUCAAGUUUGACGAUGUGGUGAAAGCCAUCAAUGAGCACGCUUUUGUUACAACUGACUUUCCCUUGAUCCUGUCCAUAGAGGAGCACUGUCCCUUAGAGCAGCAGCGGCACAUGGCCCGUACCUUCAGAGAUGUUUUCGGGGACAAGCUGCUGACCGAGUCUGUGGAGCAAAACGCUGAGCAACUCCCAUCUCCGACGCAACUCAAGGGCAAGAUCAUUCUCAAGCACAAGAAACUCAAUGUGGAAGGAGCAGGGGGGUUCAAAGACGUCCGAAAAGGGGAGAAAUGUGGAGACCUGGAAAUCUGGGAUCCUGUCGACCAGAGAUGGAACAAGCACUACUGCGUGAUUUCCGAUGACAAGCUUUACUAUGCUGAGGAGUAUGAGGAGGAGCAAGACCCGAGAAAGUACCAGGACAUGCACACCUUUGAGCCCUGGUUCCAUGGCGGUCUGAAAGAUCGCAGGGGGAUGGCCGAGCGCCUCAUCCAGGAUUACUGCGCUGAGACGGGGGCGCGGGACGGAACCUUCUUAGUGCGAGAGAGCAACACUUACCGCGCUGACUACACUCUCUCUUUCUGGCGUGGUGGGAGGGUCCAGCAUUGUCGAAUUCGCUCUGGGACAGAAGGGGGGUCGUCGUUCUACUACCUGACUCCCAACCUGCACUUCCCCAACGUGUACUGCCUGAUCCAGCACUACAGGGACAACCCUCUCCGCUGCCAGGACUUUGAGCUCCGCCUCACGGACGCUGUGCCGCAAUCAAAUCCACACCAACAGCAACGGUGGUUUUACAGUAACCUGAGCAGAGGGGAGGCCGAGGAUUACCUUCUGAGGAUUCCCAGAGAUGGAGCGUUUCUCAUUCGACAGCGAGAGGGAGACCCAGACUCCUACGCCAUCACCUUUAGGGGCGAUGAUAAAGUCAAACACUGUCGAAUCCAAAGAGAAGGAAACAUGUUUCUCCUGGGAACCACCACCGAGUUCGAAAGCCUGGUGGAGCUGGUCAACUACUUUAGGAAGAAGCCUCUGUAUCGAAAUAUUAAACUACGUUACCCAGUCACCCCUGACCUGGUGGCCCGCUUCAGCACUGCAAAAGACUGUGCCUCUUUGUACGGCCUCAAGACUUACGUUGAACCAAAUGAGAUCGAACAGGCAAUGCCCCAGAGCACAGUCAGGGCUCUGUACAGUUACCAGGCCAGGAAACCGGACGAGCUCAGCUUCAAUAAAGGAGCCUUGAUACACAACGUGAUCAAAGAGAAUGACGGAUGGUGGAUCGGUGACUAUGGCGGGAAGCUACAACUUUAUUUUCCAUCCAACUACGUAGAAGAGGUGUCUAACAACUCUAAAGCUGAGUCCAAAAUUAUGGACAACGACGACAAUCCCUUAGGCGGAUUGUGCAAAGGGAUUGUUGAAAUCUCUCAAUGCAAUAUACAAAAUCUGCGCAGUGGUAAAAAUGGAAAGGCUCAUGUGCUGACACUACAAGAUAAAGAUCAGGACAACUUGCAGUUUGAUCUUGCGGCCGACUCGGUGGAGGAGCUGUUUGAGUGGUACCAAGUGGCCUGGGACAUCACCCAGAGAGAGAUGAGCAAGCAGUUCCACAGGGAGCAAGAGAUAAAGCAGCAGGAGGUGGUGGAGAAGAAGGCAGAGGUUGCCAUGGAGAUGUCAGACCUGGUUGUGUACUGCCAGCCGCGGAGCAAAGAGAAGGACAGAUUUGACAGAUACAGUUACAAGGAGGUCCGCUCAUUUGCUGAGAACAAACUUCCGGGGAAAAGUUGUACGAAGCAGUUUCUUCAAUACAAUCGCAAAGCUCUGAGUCGAAUCUACCCAAAAAAUCAGCGGGUGGAAUCAUCCAACUUUGACCCGUAUCCUAUGUGGGCUUUGGGCUGUCACAUGGUGGCCCUCAACUACCAGACUGGAGAUAAAUACACCCAGUUGAACAGCGCCCUCUUUAGUCUGAACGGACAGUCCGGUUACGUGCUGCAGCCGGAGAUAAUGCGCUGUGACAAGUACAAUCCACACCAGGAGAAGAGCAAUGUCAAAUUCCACAUCAACGUCAGGGUGAUGGGAGCCCGACACUUGCCCAAGCCUGGACGCAGCAUCGCCAGUCCCUUUGUGGAGAUAGAGCUGUGUGGACACAACGAAGACCGGUUCAAGACUGCAGUGUACCGUGAUAAUGGCCUGAACCCGGUGUGGAAAGCAUCUACAGAGCCUGCCGUAUUCUCGGUCUACGAACCAGAUAUAACCUUUCUGCGCUUUGUGGUCAACGAGGAGGACAUGUUCUCAGACCCCAACUUCCUCGCACAGGCCACUUUUCCUGUCAAAGGCAUUCGAUCAGGUUACCGCUCGGUCCCUCUGAAGAAUGGCUACAGUGAGAGCGUGGAGUUGGCCUCUUUGUUGGUCCACAUUCAGAUUGAACAGGCAACAAACACUCAGGAGGAGCUGUACUCGUCCUCCAUUCAGCUCAGGAAGAAGCAGGACGAGUCGAACGAGCCGUUUCUGUACGACACUCACUCAAAUCUGCAGCGCUCCGGAGCCCCCCAGACCUCCCAACUCACCCACCAGCUGAGCCGAGAGCCGAGCGAGAGGCAGCGCAGGGCCAAGGACAAGAAAGUCAACAGCAGCAAGUUCUUUUGA